AUGCAGCCAUAUUCCCAGCGCUACCUUUUACAGAAGAACAAAAAGAGAUACACUGGCAUAGGAACCUCAAUUGAGGACAUGAGUGGAAAUAUGGAGAACUUCAGUGGAAACCAGGAGACGUCUGAAAAAAUCAUCAACAAGAAGAAGCCAUGUCAACCAGAAACAGAAACACUGCUUGGAAGACUUCACCUUCAAGAGAAAUUUGAACAGAAGUUUCCACUGGCAGAUUUUCUUCAGAUACUUCCACCUGUGAAACAGCACCAUGUCACAUCUGAGAAAGAUCUGUCUCACGCUUUUCUCCUCAGACUGAUGAUGUUAGAUUACAGGGCCAGAUUUGUUCCUGUAAUAGCAGACAGUCUUGAGGGGACUCAUUCACACUCUGAUGAGGUGAUUAACAUGACUGAAAAUGAUUUGGAUGAUUUAUUAAGUACCAAUGUAGAAACACACGAACAAGAACAGACUCAUGUGCAUCCAAUGGAUGUUCAGAUGGCAGUAUAUCACUGCUCAGACAGCUUCCUUAAACAGAUGAUGAUUACAAAGCUCUCUCAGUGUCAGUAUGCCUUACCUUUGCUUGUUCCUGACCCAGUCACAAUGGAGCUCGAGUGUCCUCUGUGGACUUUCAGACAAAUAACAAAAACCUGGAAGGUAACUCCAAUCAAAGAUGUCUCAAACAUUGUUACAGUGAAAAGUGUUCCAGUCUGCAAGGCUGAGACACCCUUGGUGUCCUUUUUCCGCCUGGGUUCACUGUCGGUGUCUAAAUCUCAGCUGAUGAACACUUUGAUCAACGACCGUCACAGCACCUUCUUCCACAGAAACUGCCCCGGAAGCACCAAGUCUCGCUAUCUGAUGGAUGGUGUUGCAGAGAUUGCCUGGUACUGCCCUGAUGGAAAACCCAAUGAUGCCUUCAAUGACUGCACUGCCUUUUGUAAUCUUCAUGGUGAUGCUCUGUCAAUAGAAACACAGCGUGACAUACUGAUUGAAAAAUCCUCAGUGAAUAUUUUUUGUGUUUCAUCUCUACAAAGAAACGAUAAAAACAAGACAUUUAUAUCAGCUCAUUUUAAGUUUCACAAGCCUCUGAUUUGUCUCUGUGUUGAUGACAGCUGUGAUAUUAGGAGAAAAGAUGGAAAAUACAUACUAGGUCUCAAAGACAAAAGCCAGUCAGAUGUAUCUGAAGAACUGAAAAAGAUCAUUAGAGUAGUUUUAUCUUCUCUAAAUGGUUCCAGCUUGAAACCAUCCUUCCAGCUUGAAACCAUGGCUGAGCUCUCUGGAAUCAGAGUGGAUGAAAGUGAUCCAGCCUGUCAAAAAGGGAAAUCUGCUGCCAUAAAAAUAAUGGAUCUGCUUACAAAGGAUAACAUGGAUGUCUCAAAGAUCAAAGAAAAAAUUCUCCCAUGUCAAGGUCAUUUGUGGCAUCAGUGGAGCAAAAUACACAAAGAACUGUAUCAUCUCAGAGGAAACAUUGAAAAGCAGAAAAGUAAAAAACAACAGGAACUGAUGAACAUACGUCAGGAACAAUGUGCUGCUUCCUGUAGUAAACUGAUGGAGUUGUUCAUCGAAAACCUCUCAUCAUUGCCACCCAUAGAUAAAAAGUAUUUCCUGAAAUACACUCAGAUCUUAAUGGAUUCCCUCUCCACAGAUGAUCUUUCUGUUAUUCUCAAAAGCUAUAAUGAAAAGUGGUCUGAGGCCUUGGCUUUAAAGAACAAACACAACAAUUUAGAUCUGUUAUCAAAAAAACAAGCUGAGCUUAAAGAAAUACAUAACAAACUGCAGUCUGCCGCUUUUGGUUUGGAGCACAUCUUCAGAGAAAUGGGACAGAUCUAUGAAGCUCACAGAACAAUAGAAGGAGAGAGCAGACACAGUGACUGGUCUAAAUACCCUGAACUGGCUGCACAGCUGAUGAUAUCAGGACACCCAAUGGAGCUGAUGGAUGGUGAUGCAGGACAUGUGCCUUUAACAUGGAUCUCCAGUGUUUUAGAGGAAGUCAUCAAAAAACUGGGGGACCAGACAGUUUUUGUGUUGUCAGUUUUGGGCAUACAAAGCAGUGGAAAAUCAACAAUGCUGAACACCAUGUUUGGACUGCAGUUUGCAGUGAGUGCUGGCAGGUGCACCAAAGGUGCCUUCAUGCAGCUGCUCAAAGUAUCAGAGGAGAUGAAGAAAGACUUGAAGUUUGACUAUAUUCUUGUGGUGGACACUGAAGGACUGCGUGCUCUUGAGCUGGAAGGUACCACUACUUGUCACCAUGACAAUGAACUGGCAACAUUUGUUGUUGGUUUGGGAAACUUGACAUUGAUCAACAUCUUUGGAGAGAAUCCAUCUGAAAUGCAAGACAUUCUGCAGAUUGUUGUUCAGGCUUUUAUGAGGAUGAAGGAAGUUAAACUUUCUCCCAGUUGUGUGUUUGUUCACCAGAAUGUUACAGAUGUUGCAGCAGCUGCAAAAAACAUGGAUGGAAAGAGACGCCUACAAGAAAAACUGGACCAGAUGGCCAAACUAGCAGCAGAAGAGGUGGUUUGCAAUGCAGAGUGCUUCAGUGAUGUCAUUGAAUUUGAUGUACGAAAAGAUGUGAAAUACUGCGCCCAGCUGUGGGAGGGCAGUCCACCCAUGGCUCCUCCAAAUCCAGGUUACAGUGAAAGCAUCCAAGAAGUGAAGAACACCAUCCUCUCUAAAGCUUCAAAGUCUGCUGUGAUCACUCUGUCACAGUUCAAAACCAAAGUUCAGGACCUGUGGAAUGCCCUCCUGAAUGAAAACUUUGUUUUCAGUUUUAAAAACACUCUUGAAAUUGCUGUGUACAGAAAACUGGAGGCUCAGUAUGGAAACUGGACCUGGACCCUGAGAAGCAACAUGUUGGCCAUUGAAAACCAACUUCAUAAUAGAAUUGGAAACGGAAAUCUUGACAUGGUGGAGGUGAGUUAUCUUAAAAAAGAAUCAAAGAAAACAUUUGAAACAAUCAGAGAAGAAAUUACAACAUACUUUGAGGAAGACAAAGAAAAAGAUAUGUUGGCUCAGUGGAGAGGCCGAUUUGAAACCAAAAUCAAGGAGUUUCACGAUGAACAGGUGAGCACAGUGAAAAGAAAACUGGAUGAAGUUAUUCAACAGAAGAAGGCUCGUAAGAAGCUGGAUGAUAAGAAGACAGAGUUUGAGAACAGGCUGCUACAGAAGAGCAAAGAGCUCGCUCAGCAGCUGAAGGAUAAGGCCAAAGACGAAAAGCAGUUUAAAAAAAAGUUCAACUCUGUUUGGAAAGGCUGGGUUACUGAAUUAACAGCAGAUAUAAAACCUGUUGAAAAAAUCAAUCUGGAAGAAGAUCAGUUUACUAUCCUUCAAGAACUUGGCUUUGAAGAGACUUUCAUAAAUGAACGUAAACAAAGUAGCAGAUACAAGAACAUAAUACAGCUUGGAAAUUAUUCAAAUUAUGUAAAACCAUCAAAAAUUCUGGGCGUUCUGAAAUCAAAGAAUGUAUUGUCACAUGAAAAUCAACAGAUCAGAUCUCUCAUUCGCAAAGCUGAAAAUGAGUCACUUGAUGCAAUUAAACACAAACCUGUGGCUACAAGAGGCUACUCAUCAACUUAUUUGCAAGAAGUGGCCAAAACUGUAAAAGAAAAAGUAGAAAAUUUUCAGUCAGAGAGCAAUUACACUUUCAAGAAGGAGUUUACAGUUGACCUCAUACUGUAUGUGUUCUUCAAAGCAGAGCGUUGGCUUCUAGACUCACAGGAAAAAUUCAAAAUGAACAAUGAUCCACUCACUUAUUUAAAAGGCAAGAAAAGUCAUUAUUGCACAGUUUUUAGAAGCUUUUGCAAAGGAAACUCAUCUGCUGUUGUGCUUAGCGAACUGAUCUAUGAAAAGCUGACAGCUUCCACUGUCAAGGCUGUCUGUAACAAGACUAUUAUUGAUCUGGCUGGAAUGAUGAUGUGUAACUUCUCAGCAUUCAAUGGGAACAGGCUAAACUUGGAGAAACAUGUGCUGAAGUCACUCGCUGAGAAAGAAAAAUUUGAUGCUUUCAUCACCUACAUCAGAAAUCCAAGAAAACAAACAGAAGCUUUUAUAAAAGCAGAAGUAAAGAAAUACAUCUUCAUAGAUCACAAAGAUCAAACCGUGAAUAUACUCAAGAAAAAUGUUGAUGACAUCAAGACACUUGUGAGUCAAGCUUUAUUUACUGCAACACAAAAAGUCCAAACUCAUAAAGGAAACACAAACAUAUGGCUGAAGGAAUUCUCUAGUUUGCUCAAAGAUGAGCUAACAUUUGAGAACAUUUAUUCUCAAAAUUUCAAUGACAUAAAUGAUUUUGAGUUUCUGAAGGAACAGAUAAAGAAAAGACUCCCAUCCAUCUUUGAUCAGAUGAGCAGCCUCUCAUUGGAUAAGCUGAAGGAAUCCAGGGUCAAACCUGAUGAAAUCCUCAUUGAUCAGCUGUGUAGGUGCUGCUGGGUAACAUGUCCAUUCUGUGCAGCUGUUUGUACCAACACCAUUGAAGGUCACAGUGAUGUUGACCACAGCGUCCCGUUUCAUCGACCUGAGGGAAUCAAAGGCUGGCACUACAGAGGCACAGUAGAAUUAAGCAUCAAGUUUUGCACAACAGCUGUUGCAAGCGAUGGCAGAUUUCACCCUCAUCCCGAUUCAGAGGAAACUGUUCCCUAUAAACAGUACAGAACUGCUGGUCCAAAGUAUGCUAACUGGAGAAUCACCCCUGAUGAGUCUAAACUGGCAUACUGGAAAUGGUUCGUGUGUCGAUUUCAGAAUCAAUUGGAAGAGCACCAUGAGUUGAAAUUCCAGGAUACAGGAGAGAUUCCCAGUGAGUGGAAAACAAUCUCUAAAGAUGAAGCAAUUACAAGUCUGAAUCAAAUGUGUUAA